CACUUAAUUUCUGAAGCAGGUAGUUCGUUUUCCAUAGUUUUGGUAGUUUAGUGAUUAGUCACCCACGUUUCUGUACAGCCAGUUAAAAACGUGAUGUUUCAAAGUAUUUUAUCGUGUGGGCAUGUCGUAGUGUUUUCCCUGUUAAAAUAAGUUUCCAUCAAUCAACCAAUCAAUACAUUUUGAUUGGGAAAUAAGAAGCAGCAUAAACGAUGCGAGAAGAGGCAAAUGCACCUGUCUCCAAUGAAAGAUGGAAUGUAAUCCCGUGAUUCCAGUGGUUUAUAUCCUUUUGCUGUGCCUACCGGUUACAAGGCUGUGUCCAGAUGGUCAGAACUUGGUAUCCGACAGCGAUGGAGGGUGGACUGUAGAUCCAGACCAUACUUUGACUGACGAGGGACCAUGCAAUGUUGACAUCUGGGACGAGUCCCUGACGUAUGCACAGUUCAUCCAACAAUAUGCCUACUCCAAGCCAGUUAUUCUGAGAGGGUUGUCUGAUAACACGAAAUUCCGAUUCCUGUGCUCCAAGGCCAAUCUGUUGCGGAAUUAUGGAGAGAAGCUGGUGAGACUCAGCACUGCCAACACCUACUCUUACCAGAAAGUGGAUGUCCCAUUCCAAGAGUUUGUGGAACAUCUGCUGAGACCCCAGGCACUGGACGCCUUGGGCAGCGAUACCCUGUACUUCUUUGGAGACAACAACUUCACGGAGUGGCAAUUACUGUUUGAGCACUACCAGGCUCCCCGCUACCUUCUCCCACGCACCAGUGGGGCAUACAGCUUUGGCAUUGCAGGUCCUGGAACUGGGGUACCCUUUCAUUGGCAUGGCCCUGGAUACUCUGAAGUAAUUUAUGGCAGAAAGCGCUGGUUUCUGUACCCACCUGACAAAGGGCCUGACUUUCACCCCAACCGCACCACCCUGUCCUGGGUCAGAGACACUUACCCCUCCCUUCCACCAGAGGAGAGACCCAUAGAGUGCACCAUACGGCCUGGGGAGGUGCUGUACUUCCCAGACCACUGGUGGCAUGCCACCCUAAACCUGGACACCAGCAUCUUCAUCUCUACCUUCCUGGGCUGACUUCCCAGGAACUGGAACACAAACCAGGCCAGGCCAGGGAUAGAGGAGGAACCAGGAAGGAUAGGGCAAGAGGACGCACUGUCCUGUUUAUGAAAGCAAGUGUAGUAUCUCAACUCCAAAUAGUUAGUAAACUGCUACUAAAUCGCAACUCAAUUGACAGAUUUUGUGUUUUUGAUUUUGUUGAAUACAAAUCUAUAUUUAUGGCCUCCAGCACAAACCGCCUAGCCAAAAUCUCAACUCAACGAUCCAAUCAAUUGUAUGUCCUUAUCGAACCAUAAGAAGAACUUGCGCUAUUAAGAGAAUAAAAUAUUUAUGA